GGAGACGGGCUUGGCGUCCCGAAAUAGUCCUGGACUAGGUGGCAUAAGUGUCUCAGUCGACGUCGGGGCUCUUCGGAGACAAGUGCAGUGGGAUACACCAUCAGUGGUAGUCAGUAUCGGGAGGGUUGGUCUUCCACUGGACGAGAUCAAUGAUAACAGCAAGUGGAGAUUGUCCAGCGAUAAGGAGCGAUGAAGACGGGAAGGAAGUUCCACUAGAGUUAAGGAAGCAGAAUUCUGCCAUACCACACAGAAGACCUGUCCGACAGUGGGGACCAUGGAGGCGGGAUGGCACAGCAUCAGAUGAAGAGAGGACCAGGCGGACCCGGGCUGGACGGGCGCUGCGGAAUGGUAGAUACGGGAGGCUGGUAGAAGAAGUCAGACACACGAAGCGUUUAUUUACGCCAGAAAUCAAGAAGUUCUUGAAGGGUUGGUUGGUGCGCAGGAGGAAAAAUCCUUACCCUAACAGGAGUGAGAAGAAGGAUCUGGCACUGAAGACUGGAUUGACCUACAUGCAGAUCUGUAACUGGUUCGCCAACUGGAGGCGGAAGCUGAAGAAGACCAGCAGGGACGCGGAGGCUGUGGCGGGAGGGGGAGAGACCUGGGGUCCCUUGAUCACGGGGUACAAUCGUCACGCCAAGGGCAAUGUGGAACAGUUCAGCAUUAGCUCUGACGAUAGCAUCUGGGACGAGGCCAACUACAACCACCCAGAUGCACCCUUUCAAAUGAUGCAACCAUUAAGAGUAACUCCAGUCACUGAAGAAGUCAGCCAUCCGAGUCGACCCCAGGACAGCCUCCUUCAGCUCUCCCGACCGCCCGAGUCUCUCACCUCCGCUGCCCAAUCCUCCGGUCGUAGCACGUCCGCCCCCGUGCUGCUCAAGUGGCUCGAGAGCGCCGCGAGGUUCCGCCCCCGAGAGUCCUGCUGGAGCGCCGCUGCCGGAGUGUCGUGGUCCACCCCCGCCAUCCCCGCCUCCAGGAAGGCCCGCGCCAAGCACAAGGCCGACACGAGAGGGCGGCACCGCGAAGAGCUAGAUGCUGCUGAAGCCCUCACAUUCCUCAGCAGGUCGUUCAUUGCACGCCAAGGACAAUGUGUUUGAACAAUUUAACUUGUCUUGUUGAAGACGUUUAAUUCUGCUUGCGUUAUAAGGCGAAUAGAAGGAAUAAAUUAUUAUCAUCAGCGGAUAAAUAUCUAAGUGCCACUCAGUAUGAAUGGGAGAAUGAAUAUUACAUGUACAAAUCAAAAGCUAUGUGAUAUUCGAGACAAUGCCUUGUGGUGACAGUCUAUGUAUGCCAUGAUAAAACAAAAGUAAAAGAUGAUAUAGAGAUAAA